AUGGUGGGCCCUAGAAAUGCAGCCUUUGCAGAGGAAAGCGCCGAGGUGGAAGUUUUAUUGGCAUCCUUGGGGAAAACCAAGGACCUCACCAAGCGAAUAGCCGCCAGCCUGUCGCGGUUAGAUAUCAGUGGAAAAAUCGUCAAAGAAGCCAUCGGACCGAUCUAUAGCAAUACACAGCAGUUGCAAAUUACAAGCCGAAACAUUGAGAAGGUCAAUGAGGCUAUUGAGAAACUUCGACAGCCACUUGAUGCUCGAGGGCGAGAGGAAAGUAUAAUUCGAGCAGGUCCGAAGAAUGCUGGAUUGCCACAAUAUCUCGGCGCUCUCAAACGGGUCGACAAGGCUCUGAAUGAUUUGAAUUCGUCCAAUCUGAGAUCUAAUCAACAAGCGAUAUCUGAAUUCCAUGGCCUCCUCUCCAUCGGGGUCAACCAACUCAACGAUACGUAUCGACAAAUGCUUCAAGAAGAUGCCCAAACCGUCGAACCAUUACAUUAUAUCACCAAGCAGAUCCCCUUUCCCACGAUUCCGCAAGAAAAGAUCCAAUUUCUCGGCCAAAUGGCCACGGCCAUUGCCUCUGCGGGAGCACAAUCCGCUCGACUGGGUCAGCGAGACGAUGAUGCUGCUGCCCGCAUCUACGCCGAAGUCAGAGGAGACUAUCUUCACCACAGCCUCCAAAACCUGUCUACCGCAUCCAUCAGCACCUCGAAACGCCGAGCUGACGACGCAGGCGUUUAUCGCGAAGGCACAAGCGGAGUAGGAGCCUACGCAAAUGGAAUAGAAAGUAUGUUCCUGGCCGAAGCAGAGAACACAUCCAGAAUAUUCCGUAACGAUGCCGGACGCGUCUUUACAAUGACCUGUGGAAAAGCGCUAUCAACGUUUUCGCGCACACUGGCAGAAUUGAACGGCGUGAUCAAAUCUCGCAUUCUCAGCGAUUGCUUCCUUGCGUACGAAAUCCUUGACCUGGUCACCCCUCUCAGCUAUCGGCUCGAAUCACGAACCGGUCAACUUCGACCACAAUUCGCCGACGCACUUCGACCUUUGCGAGACACUGCGCGUUCUUCUCUGAGCGAAAUCCUCAGCCAGACGAAAAGACAGGCAGAAUCCACGUCCGCCCUGCCGCCAGACGGAAAUACGAUCCCGCUAGUCUCUCAAACCGCCACACGCCUCCAAACCCUCGCCCGAUUCGACCGUCCGCUCCUCACCCUCCUCUCCUCCCUCGGCGACGGCAACUGGAAAGCCGCGCCCGGCAUGGGCUCCCAAUCAAGCCUGAGUCUCGAAUUGACACCUUCGGUGGAAAACCCUAACUUACUCUCCCACUACCUCCUCGACAUCGUCGACACGCUGCUCACCACGCUAAAUGCGCGCUCCCAGACCCUCCACCCCAAGAAACCCGUCCAAGGCAUCUUCCAACUCAACAGUGUCGCCGUCCUGAACCGCGCCAUCCAAUCCUCCCCCGACCUCAUGCGCUACCUGGGAAUCAACCCGCACACCACCAAACUCGACUCGUUCCACAAGGCCGGCUCCUCUCUGUACCUCUCCGCAUGGCGUGAUCCAUCCACACACCUUCUCGACACGAUCCACACGUCAGGCGCCCCGCGUCCGCUCUCCGGCCAAGCAAUCGACAGCACGACCAUUAUCAAAUCACUAUCCUCGAAAGACAAAGAUAAGAUUAAGGAAAAAUUCAAGCUGUUCAACACCAGUUUUGACGAGUUGGUGGUACGACAUAAAUCAAUGCAUAUGGAGAAUGAGGUGCGUAGCUCUGUUAGCAGAGAGAUUCAGGCGAUGAUUGAGCCGUUGUAUGCGAGGUUUUGGGAUCGGUAUCAUGAGGUUGAUAAAGGGAAGGGCAAGGUGGUUAAGUACUCAAAGGGCGAGUUUUCGGCGAUGUUGGCUAGUUUGUAG